AUGGCGGAACUGUUCCUUAACAAUAAUAAAAUCGCAAACAUUAGUACGACGUCUUUAAUGUUACCGAAUUUAAAGAAACUUGAUUUAAGUCGCAAUCUCCUAACAUUUAUAGACAGAGAAACUUUCAGAGGAAUCAAAAACUUGGAAUAUUUGAAUUUAGCGGAUAACAAAUUCACUACAUUUACAAAUCUAAUGUUUCACCAUCUGAGUAACUUAAAUGAAAUAAUCCUGGACAAUAACAAUAUCGGAGCAAGUUUGCAGCGUGUUAAUCUAUUCGACAGAAGCGGUUACGGACUGACACGCAAGAUACAAAGCAUCUCCAUCAAUCGUAUCAACUUUGGAAAUGUCCCACCAAACUUUUUUAUUGAUGCAUAUGAUUUAAGAAAACUUUCCAUAACACACAAUAAAAUUACAGAUGUGUUCGAAUUACCAUGCGAACUUCAAUACUUAGAUAUGUCAGAUAAUCCUCUUUCUGAAAUAGCUGGUGAAGAUUUUGUUAAUUUACCAAGUUUAAGAGACUUAAAGCUGAAUAAUUUGUUAAUAAGUGAAAUUCCUGAGUUUGCUUUCGAAAACUUGCACAGUUUAAAAACUCUAGAACUAGGGAGAAAUAAAAAUCUUACUCAGUUUAGCAGUAUAGCUUUCGGUGCAGAUGUUUUAAGUGACGCUGUUGACUUUCCUCUGGAGAAAUUAUCGUUGAAGGGGUCACGACUGACGAAACUUGACGCGGAAUUACUAGAGCCUUUUGGACACUUGACAGAAUUAGACUUGCAAGGGAACCCUUGGCAUUGCGACUGUGAUAUGAAAUGGGUGAAGAGGUUACAAAUACCUGAACAUUUUACGGACCAUCUUAGAUGCGGUUCUCCACCAGACCUGUUCAACGCCAAAAUCUUCGACUUGAAAAGCAAGUUUUUUACCUGUGACAAUAAGAAGCGCCAUAUUGGAUUCGCCAUAGCUUUGUUUACUGUGUGCACAAUUCUAGCCAUGAUGGCAGUAUGGAUAUUCCUGUGCAUACCUAGUCGACACUGCAACCCUGCGACUUUCAGGGAUCUUUAUGGGACAUCGGCUGCAUACAGCGUUUUGCCUACAAGUCCUAAUUAA